CAGCAAACCAUCCGCAUAAGAUGACGUGUCCUGGUUAACUGAACCACGGUUAUCAACUUUCAUUUUUCAUUUUUCCCCCUCUCCCCAAAAUUUUUCCGUCCCCUUCCUCCCACAAAUACAGCUCCGGCUCCCACCAACCAGCGCCGGCCACCACCAUCCAGGGGCUCCGCCUACCAUCGGGCCUUUUCGCAUUCUCUCUCUCCCCCUAAACUUUUCCCUCCCUCUUCUCCCACCCACCACCAAAUACAGCUCCCGCCACCAUCGUCAGUGUCUCCGCCCACCACGAAGUAGCGCCACCGCCCACCAUCAGGCCUUCCCUCUCUGUUUCCCCCUAAACUUUUCCCUACCUCCUCUCCCACCCACCACCACCGUCCAGUGUCUCUACCCGCCCCGAAGCAGCGCCACCUCCCACCAUCCGACCGAUCUCUCUGAACCUCACGCGGUUUGGUCACCUCCGCCCACCACCGGAUUUGUAUGAAUUUGUGUUACAAACAUGGCUGAGCGACAACUGGUGGAUCAGCAGCACCAAAUCGAUCCACAGCUGCAAUCCUCGCCGCCUGCAAGGGACGACAUGGUUGCAUGCGUGAUGGCACUAGAGGCUGCUUUGCUUCCAUGCUUGCCUGCACGAGAGCUUCAAGCUAUAGACCGUUCUCCACACCCUUCUCAUCAGAUUGAUGUGGAAAGGCAUGCAAGAGAUUUUAUGGAGGCUGCGAAGAAGCUUCAGCUGUAUUUUAUUGGCCUGCAACGUGAGGAUCAGCCAACAAAGGCAGAAACACUUAGAAAGGAGAUUGCUGUGAUGGAGGAAGAAUUGAAGAUAAAGGCUGAUCUUAUAAAGAAGCAGGAGCGACUGAUCCAAGGGUGGAGAAAAGAGUUGAAAGAACAGAUGGACAAACACAACAACGAGUUGGAGAGGGUAUAGAGUGUAGUUUGUGCAUCAUGCUCCCGGCCACUUAGCUACUUACUCCUAGGAUUGUUACUACAUGCCUCUUUCGUUCUUGUUUUUUCCUAGAAAAACAAAAUGUGCUGCUUGUGUAGCUUGUAAACCGGUCAUUAAAAAGAUUUAUUGAAUUCUGGAUGGCUAUAAAAUCCAAGUGUUGCAUGGUGC